AUGCGGGCUAAGCCACCGAGGUAUACUCAGAGACAAGCUACUGAGAUUGAAGCCACAAAAAAGGAAGAAAGAAAGAAAUCGGAUCCCAAAUUUUCAAAGGAUGCUACUGAUGAAUCAAAAUCUCAUGAAUCAGAAUCAUCAAAGAGUCCUGUCAAGAAGAAGAGGAAAACCAAGUCCUCGAAAGCCGAGGAAACCAAAGGUGCAUCAUCCUCUAAGGCACCCGAAUCAUCAAAAGAAAAGGAAGAGCCAAAGAAGAAGAGAAAAGAACCUGCUAAGAGAAAGGCCGAAUCAUCAAAGCGACCCACGAAGAGAUCUAAGAAGGGUCAAUCUGAGAAAAUUAUUUCCACUGAGCCAUCUGUUGUUCUACCAACAGAAGAGGUGCAGAAAUGA